GACAUGCUGCCCAAAAUCGAGAGUGACUCGCUGGGACUCUCUCGAUCGUAUGGGGAACAGGGACACAUGCCAAGAAACGUGCAAGUUCCACAAUUAAAAAUGAUGGACUACUCAUAUGACGAAGAUCUGGACGAGAUGUGUCCCGUGUGUGGAGACAAGGUUUCAGGCUAUCACUACGGGCUCCUCACCUGUGAGAGCUGCAAGGGCUUCUUCAAGCGCACGGUGCAGAACAACAAGCGCUACACAUGUAUUGAGAACCAGAGUUGCCAGAUUGACAAGACCCAGAGGAAGCGCUGCCCAUACUGCCGCUUCCAAAAGUGCCUCACUGUCGGCAUGAAGUUGGAAGCUGUGCGAGCAGAUCGUAUGCGAGGAGGACGCAACAAGUUUGGCCCAAUGUACAAACGUGACCGGGCCCUUAAGCAACAGAAGAAAGCGUUGAUCCGAGCCAACGGCCUAAAAAUCGAGGCUAUGAGCCAGGUGAUGCAGGCUGUCCCUACAGACCUCACCAUCUCAUCAGCCAUUCAGAACAUUCACUCAGCUGCCUCUAAAGGCCUUCCAUUGAGCCAUCACGCUGGCCACCACACCAGUCACCACCAUCACCACCACCAUCAUGCCACUGCCUUACCCCCAACAGACUAUGACCGCAGCCCGUUUGUCACUUCGCCUGUCAGCAUGGCAAUGCCCCCGCAUGCCAGCAGCUUGCAGGGCUACCAAACAGCCUAUGGACACUUCCAAGGCACACGCACUAUCAAGUCCGAGUACCCAGACCCGUACACCAGCUCCCCAGAGUCCAUCAUGGGUUAUGCCUAUGUCGAUGCCUACCAGUCGGGCUCGCCUCCCAGUUUCCCCCACCUGAUCGUAGAGCUGCUCAAGUGUGAACCGGACGAACCACAGAUUCAAGCAAAGAUACUGGCCUACCUGCAGCAGGAGCAGGCCAGCCGGGGAAAGCACGAAAAGCUCAACACCUUUGGUCUCAUGUGCAAGAUGGCUGACCAAACGCUUUUCUCCAUCGUGGAGUGGGCUCGCAGCAGCAUCUUCUUCCGAGAACUCAAGGUUGAUGACCAGAUGAAGCUUCUGCAGAACUGCUGGAGUGAACUUCUAAUCCUGGACCAUGUCUUUAGGCAGGUGGUGCACGCCAAGGAAGGCUCCAUUUUAUUGGUCACUGGUCAGCAGGUAGACUACGCAGUGAUUGCAUCCCAGGCUGGAGCCACCCUCAACAAUCUAUUAAGCCAUGCACAAGAGCUGGUGGCUAAAUUACGUUCAUUGCAAAUGGACCAACGGGAGUUUGUCUGCCUGAAAUUCCUGGUCCUUUUCAGUCUUGAUGUGAAGAACCUGGAGAACUUCCACCUGGUAGAGAGCGUCCAAGAGCAGGUGAACGCAGCGCUGUUGGACUACGUCAUGUGCAACUACCCGCAGCAGUCGGACAAGUUCGGUCAACUGCUCUUGCGGCUGCCAGAGAUUCGAGCUAUCAGCUUGCAGGCUGAAGAAUAUCUUUACUACAAACACCUGAACGGCGACGUGCCAUGCAACAACCUGCUUAUUGAAAUGCUCCAUGCCAAGAGAGCUUAG